GAGAGAAGGGGGGGGGGGGGACAGACUGACUGACUGCUGUCUACCUGAAGCAGGUUUGUCUCUGAGGUAUCGACCUGUCACCAGUAGCUGCGGAGACCACAGACACAGUGCCUCUGCUUCAGCUGGUGUUGAUCUGGUAGCUAUUGAAAAUUGAGUAGAACCCAUCAGAUGUCCUGAUUAAUUGAGAGGUGCGGAGAGAGGACGGACGGACAGACAGACGCUCCCUUAAACGGGAUUCCACAGCUUCAUCAAUAGACUAUGGCUUCUCGACCUGAACUAGAGGACCAGAAAUCCACAGGAUCCACAGAGAAGCACAAAGAUGAUGAACUCAGUGAGAACUCAGAGACAGAAGAGAAGGCUUUUUCCAAGGCGCCGGCCCAUUCCACUGUGGCCCUGGUAGAGACGGGGGAGGGGGAGGACGACCCGUGGAAUUUACCAGAACUACAGGACGGAGCGGCAGCAUGGUCAGAUCUAGACACCAAGGGAAAGGUGUUGAGGGUGGUGACGUCGGCAGGGAAGGGACUUCUGCUGCUGGGGUUCCUGUACAUGUUCAUCUGUUCACUAGACAUCCUCAGCUCUGCCUUUCAACUGGUUGGAGGUAAAGCAGCAGGUGACAUCUUCACAGAGGGCUCAGUGCUGUCGAACCCUCUGGCUGGUCUGGUCAUAGGAGUACUGGUCACUCUGCUGGUUCAGAGCUCCUCUACCUCCUCUUCUAUAGUGGUCAGCAUGGUCUCCUCUGGACUGUUACAGGUCCAGAUGGCUGUUCCUGUCAUCAUGGGGACCAACAUCGGAACUUCCGUCACCAACACGCUUGUUGCCAUGACGCAGGCUGGCGACCGCAACAAGUUCCGCAGGGCCUUUGCUGGAGCUACGGUUCAUGACUUCUUCAACUGGCUCUCUGUGCUGGUCUUCCUGCCUUUGGAGGUGGCGUCGGGUUACAUGUACAAGCUGACCAAGCUGCUGGUUGACUCCUUCAACAUCCAGGGUGGAGAGAAGACUCCAGAACUCCUCCAUGUCAUCACCGACCCUCUAACAAAGGCAAUCAUCGAGUUGGACAAGUCGGUCAUCAGUGGUAUUGCCACAGGAGACCCGGCUGCCAGGAAUAAGAGUCUCAUCUUAAAAUGGUGCAAAACAUUCACCAAUGUGACCCUGAGGAAUGAGACGGUCCCCGGGCCAGAGAACUGCACCUCCCCAGCCCUCUGUUGGUGUUCCCAGGACCUCUGCUACACUCUACAUAACAUCUCAGAGACCUACAACAUACAGACAUGUAAUCAUAUCUUUGUGAACGUGGACCUGUCUGACCUGGCGAUAGGCCUGAUCCUGCUGGCUCUGUCUCUCCUGGUGCUGUGUUCCUGUCUCAUCCUCAUCGUCAAGCUGCUCAACUCCAUGCUGAAGGGACAGGUGGCCAUGGUCAUCAAGAAGGUGCUCAACACAGAUUUCCCUUUCCCCUUUGGCUGGGUGACUGGUUACAUCGCCAUCCUGGUCGGAGCUGGAAUGACCUUCAUCGUCCAGAGUAGUUCUGUCUUCACCUCCGCUAUCACUCCACUCGUUGGUAUUGGUGUGAUCAGCAUCGAGAGGGCGUACCCUCUGUCGCUAGGGGCCAACAUCGGCACGACGACCACGGCUAUACUGGCAGCCAUGGCAGCACCUGGAGACACACUGGCCAACGCUCUGCAGAUCGCUCUGAUUCACUUCGUGUUCAACGUGUCUGGUAUCAUCUUGUGGUAUCCAAUCCCCUUUACCCGUAUCCCCAUCCGAUUAGCUAAGGCCCUGGGUGACAUCACGGCAGAGUAUCGCUGGUUCGCCGGCGUCUACAUCAUUUCCUGCUUCUUUCUCCUGCCCCUCUUCGUCUUCGGCCUAUCGAUGGCCGGCUGGAAGGUGCUGGUUGGUGUGGGCGUUCCCAUAGUGGCCCUGUUGAUCAUCAUCAUUAUAGUGAACGUGCUUCAGGCACGGCUACCCAGGUGUCUCCCCGCGGUACUGCACUCCUGGGACUUCCUGCCUCUCUGGGCCCACUCCUUAGAACCCUGGGACCGCGUGGUCGCCGUGGUAGCAGCCAAAUAACCUGUAAAACUGUUCUUCUUCUCU